AUGUUUCACACUCCUCCUAUCAACAACCCCAAAUAUGACUCGUCUCAGUCAAUAAAGGAAUCCUAUCACAUUCAUCUCGAAAGCACGUCUCCUGAUCUGUCCAACUCGUCAAGUAAUGGCAGUGCCUCUUUGACAAAGGAGGAAAUUGCACAAGAGAUAGGAGGUAUAAAUACUCUACCUGCUGAGUUGUCGAAACUGAUAGACAUAUUUAUUGAUGACCUCAAGCAACCGAAAUACUUGAAGCCAUUAAAUGUUUUACAACUGUCUGGUUUGUUUCAGGCUUUCUACAGCAAGUUCGACAAGGCUUCUUUCCAAUAUUUAAUGCGAGCGAACGAUGCAGGCUCCACAUCUUUUAUGAGUGCGCGUGAAUCUCUAAGUUCAGGGAUCAGUGGGAUCUUCAAUAGAAGUAGAAGUGGCAGCGACACGAGGAAGAGAUCCUCUUCACUCUUUAGCACCGAUUCUAGUAGUGGUUUACAGCCUUUACUAACGCCUGAAGAAAUAAAUAGGCAUAUUCGAACUACUGAACUGAAUAAUUUGAAAGUAGAAAAGUACAUGGAACUUUGUGAGCACGAUGUAUUCAGGAGAAUCCUAGAAGUGGGAACUUCGGUACCGGGUUGUAACUCGAAGGUAGAUGAGAAGCCACAAAGGACGCUUAAAGUAUCAAAUCUCUUUCGGAACAGCCCUGAGUUUAUUGAAUUCGAUAAGCGAUUGGGGGAAAAGCUUGAAACUUUAAAUCGAAUAACAAGUAGUGGGAAACUAGAUUUGAUAGAAUUCUUGUCAAUAACCCAUGCGGAUUUUGAUACUGAUAAACUAUCCGAGCAUUUGGAGAGGCUCGUAUAUGAAUCGAUUGCCCCUCAUGAAAAAUUGGAAAACGUUCUUAAAAUGCAUGAUGACAUGAUUAUGUCUUUAAAUCACUUGAGUAACGAUGAUUUUCUAUCCACGUUGAUAUACCUAGUGAUAAAGAAGCCAGUGAAAAGCAUAUUCUUAAAUUUGCAAUUCAUCCGAUUGUUCCGCUAUAGUAAGAAGCUUGUUGAAAAAGAGCUAUAUGCCUUAACAAAUCUGGAUGCGGCGCUCACUUUUGUGGAGAAUCUCACUCUAAAUGAUUUUCCUGCAGGUUUUGGAUCUGACCUCUCUACUGAAGAGCAAAAAGAAUUAGCAAUCGCUAUAUCGAGUAAGAUUGCUCUACCGGACAUUCAAGUUGGUUGUGAAACGCCAUCUCAACGGCAUCCUGGUUUGCCCAGAAGUAAUUCCUACAAAGAGUUUGAAGGAUUAAGAACUGCUCUGGACUCUUCGCUGAGGAAUAUCAUUGGUAAAAUAAGAUCAUACACUCCUCCAGCUCCUCAGCCAACAACCACUACUAACAGUUCACAGCAAGCAUCAAUGGUGGACGGUGAGAGUAACAAGAAGAUUGUUUCCAUUCCGCAAUCUGUAAGAGAGUUGAGAAAUCGUGAUUUCGAAGAUCUGAAAGUAAACGAACUCAAACAAAUUUUUGAAACUUAUCAAAAACUUUUAGAUGCACAGGAUUUUUAA